AAAACACAAAAAUAUCAUCAUUGAAAAGUCUAAUCAAGCUACCAUUUUCAACUUGUGGUCCUAGUUAGAAAGAUUAAUUGCACCUGGGUUUCACUUAAAUACACACACAUCACAAUUACAUGAUCACCAGUCAACAAUGGCUUUCAAAGUUUCACAUAUUUUCCUUCUAACCAUCUUUCUAUUUCCUUUCCAAUACUGUUCAUGUUAUUUAACAUCAUUGAAAAAGGGUUCAUCUCUAUCAGUAGAGAAACAUGAAGAUGUUAUUGUCUCUUCAAAUGGAAUCUUCUCUGCUGGCUUCUAUCAAAUCGGAGAAAACGCAUUUACCUUCGCCAUAUGGUUCACAGAGCUGCAUAAUCACAGUCAUGAUCCAGCCAAUAUUGUAUGGAUGGCAAACCGUGAACAACCUGCGAAUGGUAGGUAAGCUUUCAAAGCUUUUCCUCUUAAACACAGGUAACAUCCUCUUGCUUGAUGGGGGUCAAAACAACACUUGGUCUUCAAACACAGCAUCAAAUGCUCCAUUAGAGUUGUAUCUCAAACAAGAUGGUAAUCUUGUGUUACGUGAGCUUCAAGGAACUAACAUCUUAUGGCAAAGCUAUGAUUUUCCAAUAAAUACUCUGCUUCCUAAUCAACCUCUCACUAGAUACACAAAUCUUGUUUCUUCAAGAAGCCAGAGUAAUCAUUCUUCUGGCUUCUAUAAGUUAUUCUUUGAUGAUAACAAUGGUAUUCGUCUCGCCUAUAAUGGUCCUGAUGUUUUGAGUACAUAUUGGCCUCCACAUUGGUUGUUAUGCUCAGAUGCUGGAAGGUUCCAUUACAAUAGUAGUAGAAUUGCUUUGUUGGAUUCUUUGGGGAAGUUCGCUUCCUCUGAUAAUUACUCUUUUUCAACUUAUGAUUAUGGUAUGGUUAUGCAAAGAAGAUUAACCAUUGAUUUUGACGGUAAUAUUCGAGUUUAUAGUCGAAAAAACUUGUCAGAAAUUUGGUAUAUUUCAUAUCAAGUCAUAAUUGAUACUUGCACAAUUCAUGGAAUUUGUGGUGAAAAUAGCACUUGUAGCUAUGAUUCUAAAAACGGUAAGAAAUGCUCUUGUUUGCCGGGGUAUAAAGUGACGAACGAUAGUGAUUGGUCUUAUGGCUGCAAACCUAUGUUUGAUUUUACUUGCAAUAGAAGUAAGUCUACCUUUUUAAAAUUACAAGGUUAUGAGCUCUUCGGUUAUGACAGUAAUUAUGUUCAAAAUAGUACCUACAAAAAUUGUGAGAGUUUAUGUUUACAAGAUUGUUACUGUAGAGGAUUUCAAUACACAUUCAAAGAGGACAAAGGCACCUUCAAUUGCUUUACAAAGCUACAAUUGUUGAAUGGGAGACAUUCACCAAGUAUUCUAGGAGGAAUAAUUUACUUAAGACUUCCAAAAGGUAAUCACUUCUCUAAAGAAGAAACUAUGAGUGUAAAAGAUCAGUUUUGUUGGGUGCAGCUUCACAAAGACUUUCAUAGAAAACCAAUAAGUAGCAUGUUAAAGUUUUUUCAAUGGCUUGUAAUUACAGUUGGUGGUUUAGAAUGUGUUUGUUUUUUUGUGGUUUUUGUUUUUUUAUUUGCCAACAAAAAGAGUAGUGUAGAUAAACAUAACUAUCAUCAUGCAUUGGGAUUCAGAAGAUAUAGUUACUUCGAGUUGAAGGUAGCAACAAAGAAUUUCAGUAAUGAGAUUGGAAGAGGUGGAGGAGGGGAUGUAUAUAGAGGUACAUUGCCGGAUCAAAGACAUGUAGCCAUAAAGAGAUUGUAUGAAGCUCAACAAGGAGAAGGAGAGUCUCUCGCCGAAGUAAGCAUCAUAGGAAGACUUAACCACAUGAACUUGAUUGAAAUGUGGGGAUAUUGUGUUGAAGGUAAGCAUAGAAUUUUGGUCUAUGAGUACAUGGAAAAUGGUUCUUUAGCUGAAAAUCUUUCAUCUAAAACUAAUACCCUUGAUUGGAGUAAAAGGUAUGAUAUUGCUUUAGGAAUUGCUAGAGUUUUAGCUUAUCUACAUGAAGAAUGUUUGGAGUGGAUUUUGCAUUGUGAUAUAAAGCCACAAAAUAUACUUCUUGAUUCUAACUUUCAACCCAAGUUAGCAGAUUUUGGAUUGUCUAAACUCCAAAAUAGAAACAAUCUCAACAAUAAUUCAGAAUUCUCAAUGAUAAGAGGAACAAGAGGAUAUAUGGCGCCUGAAUGGAUUUUGAAUUUACCAAUAACAUCUAAAGUAGAUGUUUAUAGUUAUGGGAUUGUUGUGUUGGAGAUGAUAACUGGAAAGAGUUCAACAAUGAUGAAUAUAGAAGGAUAUGAUGGAGAAGUGGCAAAUAAUAGAAGAUUGAUAACUUGGGUAAGAGAGAAAAAGAGGAGUGCAUGUUGGGUGGAAGAAAUUAUAGAUCCUUCAAUGGUGAAUAAUUGUGAUUUGAGUAAAAUGGAAAUUUUGGCUAGAGUUGCUUUGGACUGUGUUGAGGAAGAUAGGGAUAUUAGACCUACUAUGAGUCAAGUGGUUGAGAUGCUUCAAAGUCGUGAUAGAGAACUCGAGUGAUAUAUGUUUAAUGCUGAAAUUUAUCCAUUGGUUUCUUGAUCUUGACAUAAUAGAUGAGGAUUGAUGAAUAUCUCUACGGUUUAUCUUUGAUGAAAGUGAAUCGCACAAGUCUUUGAUGAGGAUUGAGACAAGUCUUUCAUCAUGCUUAAGAUUGUUUUUGCCGGUGAAUCAAUAUAUUAUACAUGGUGAAAAACUUGUGACGUCGUGUAUCCCACAAGUUUAAUAUUUAUUAAAGUUUCAAUGUGUGAUGUUUAUAAUUUAUAUAUGUAUCACACUACUACAUUCUAUCCAAAUACUAAGUAUUUAACUCUGCUUUUGUUUUAUAUUUUGAAAAUUUAACUCUGUUUUUGUUAAUAGUGCUUAUUAACAAGCAUUGCAUGAAAUGAAUUCAAUAGAAAACCUAACAUAACACUCCAGUAACUUCUCCCAUAACAAGCAUUACAUUAGUAUCCUAAAGUUUGUUGGGGUCGCAUUGCUAGAAACAAGGGAAAUAUGUUGCAAAAGCUCCCUUAUGUUUCUGUUAGUUGGGUUAGGAGGUCUGGUAAUCAUGUCCGAAAACUUCUCAACCCACCACAACAUUUCUCCCC